GUGCCUCUCCGCACUUUACUAAAAGCGCAUGAAAACGUUAUGAUAUUAUUCAAGAGAGGUCAUUCGUACGGGGAUCUUACGCAACCCCCAGCGACCAACACGGAACUGGGGUUCGGCAGUGGGUUGCAAAGCGGCACAUCGGUAACAUUCAGCGCAGUAGUACCCAUAGCUACUACAAUGGUAAUCUCGUACCUCAUUCCGAGUGGCUGCCUUAGGUACUUGAUCUAUACCGAAGCGGGGAAGCCGCGUAGUUAUCCCCAUGCCAUUAUUUCCGGUAUAAAACCAGAUAAUUGAAAUUCAACGAAUCUGAAUACAAAAUGUCAUUGUUAUUUUGUUAGUUCUUUAUACAAUACCGCUAUCUUCUAUACGUCGACGCUGUGACUUUCUGGCCGUUAGUACUCUCCGUUGCUCGUAUUAGACGGCGCGCCAACACACCGUCCAACUACCGAGACCGUUUGGGCAUCAUAUCCGCUUCUUGGAAUCCAUUUCAAGUAACUUCGUCCUGAGGUGAACUGACUUUACAGUCAGAAUGGACAUUUCCAAAAGCGACCAAGAGCCUACGCAGGAUAUGCGUGAAGGUGCACGUGCUAGCCUCGAUGAGAAGUCUCUGGGACUCGAGAACAAUGCUUUUCACAUCGAUCCUGCCCUUGAGAAGCGGGUUAGGAGGAAAAUUGAUCGCCGUUUGAUUCCCUUAGUUAUGGGACUUUAUCUCGUCUCUUUCCUUGACCGUUCAAAUAUUGGAAAUGCCGAGACGGCAGGCAUGAGCAAGGACCUCGGAUUUGAUGAUGCUCACUACCAGUGGCUGUUGACUAUCUUUUACAUACCAUACAUCGUUUUUGAAUGGUCUGCGUUGAUGUGGAAAGCCGUGCCUCCUCAUAUUUGGGCUACUAGCUGUGUGUUGUUAUGGGGCAUAGCGUCUUCUCUCCAGGCUACUGCGUUCAAUUGGUCGGGUCUGAUGGCUUGCCGAUUCUUCCUCGCUAUGGCCGAAGCAGGUUUUGGACCGGGAAUACCAUACCUGCUUUCUUUCUUCUAUAAGAGGCACGAGCUCGGUUUUAGGUGCGGCAUGUUCCUCUCAGCCGCCCCUCUUGCCACCACCUUCGCGGGCGCCCUGGCUUACGGGAUAACCUCCGGCCACCCAGCUCAUAUAGCUAAUUGGAGACUCUUGUUUAUCGUGGAAGGGCUCCCUUCGGUGCUUGUCGCCUUUCUUGCUUAUACGUAUAUGCCCGAUUCAGCCGAUACAGCGAAGUUCUUAACUGAAGAGGAAAGACAAGUCGCUAAAAUUAGAGCUAUUCAGCAGACCGGAACCGAAGGAGUAGAACGCGUGGGGCAUAUCAAUUUCAGAGACGUUUUCAUGUCGUUAAAGGAUAUUAAAACUUGGAUUCCACCUUUCAUGUACUUCAGUUGCAAUGUCUCGUUUAGUAGCUUACCCGUUUUCCUGCCCUCUAUCCUCCAGAACAUGGGGUUUACUGCCAUCAAUGCCCAGGGGCUUAGUGCUCCGCCCUACUUCCUCUCCUUCUUGGUUUGUAUUGUGACGACGGCGAUCGCAGACAAGACACGUCAGCGCGGUUUCAUGAUCAUCGGCCUCUCACUUGUCGCUGGUGUGGGGUAUGUUCUUCUCCUGACCUGCAAGAGCGUUGCUGUGCGUUAUUUUGGCGUAUUCCUUGCCGCUGCCGGUGUGUUCCCAGCCAUAUCCAACAUUCUACCUUGGACUUUGAACAACCAAGGAUCGGAUUCUAAGAGAGGUGCCGGUAUCGCGCUCCUUAACAUAAUCGGUCAAUGCGGGCCAUUACUCGGAACACGGCUGUUCCCGGCCAGCGAUGGGCCGUACUACAUUAAGGGGAUGGGUGUAUGCGCCGGAUUCAUGUUCUUCAAUGCGUUUUUGGCCUUGGGCCUGCGUACCUACCUGAGCUGGGAGAACAAGAAAUUUGAGAAGAACGACGAGGCGGCACGUCAGGCGGGAACUGAUCCCAAGUAUAGUUCAUUUGGUGUAGAGAACGAAGGGUAUGGUUACAGGAAUUUCCUGUAGAGAGAGAUAUAGAGAGAAACGGGGAGGAGGUAGAAGAGACCGGGACCAAGACGAAGUUGGGUGCCCUACGGAGCAGAGCAUUUCUGCUCCAGCCAAUUUAUACUUGGUACGAUAAAUGUCUACAUAGAUGCUAAAGGAAACCAAAAUUGACACAUUUUCCAUUUCAU